AUGCACUACCACAUCUCCCACAGCGGUGAGUACACGGGCACAUGGCCACAAGCGGAGAACUACUUCCGGAGGAUCAUGCGGCAUCCAGACAGCAUCAACUUCGUGACGGUUUUGCGGGAACCUCGAUCACAUCUUCUCAGGUACACUUUCGUCCCCUUUUGUCGGCCUAGGGACACUCCCAUCAAAUCCACGACCUCCUCUUCCGUCAUCUUGUGGCGAAAGGCUUGCAUUUUCUUGGGGCCCUCGUCUUGGUAGUACCAUCGAUCGGCAGGGUCGUGACUUUGUGACGUGUGUGACCCUUCAUCUCGUCCCUAUCCCACGUCCCCCCUCUUACGCCCUUUGCAACGUGCGAUGUCAACCGGGUUUGCCAACGCCAACGGUGUUGGUCGCUGAUGACUCCUCACCAGCUGCUACUAUUUCUACAUAUUUCCGGAAUGCGAGGUAAAACACUACCCUUCAUUUAUAUAAAGUGUUCAGGCUGGCAUGCUUCGACGCCGGAGUUUGGUUUGUUCUGCAACGUGCUUGAGCUGGCAUCUUCUCGCACUUAGUUGAGCUGACAUCUUCUCGCACUUAGGUGUCAGUCGCUCGGCGUUUAAGACGCGAGGAUCCUACAUGCCUGCCCUUCCUUGCUAAUUCGUCACCUAUGGUGCGUUGACUUGGAAAUCGGCAGCGAUGACCAAGAUCUCCGCCGACACCAAGGGGGCGGGGGGGAGGGGGGAUCUGAUAUUCCGGCCUGUUUCCAAAUUGGCAAACACCUUGAACCAGGACCUUGAUCAACCUAUACCUUGCAAUAGCUUGGCGCAUAGUUCCACUUUGGUCCAAGGGUCCAUAUGCCGUGUUUUCUAACAUACUAGGACCA